AUGGCUGCAAAAGCUGCUCUUUUAAAACGUUUUUUAAACUGUCACGUCUGCUCCGAGCCUUUCAGCGAUCCCGUAUCUCUGAGCUGCAACCAUAGCUUCUGCUCGAGCUGCCUGCAGAAGUUCUGGGAACAAACUCAGAGCAGGAACUGUCCCAUCUGUAAGAGAAAAUCCUCCAAAGAUCACCUCGGUGUGAAUUUUGGUCUGAAGGAACUUGCCGACAAGUUUGCUGGACGACCGGGGUCUGGAUGGUCUGAGACAGAAACAGAAGAGCAGGAGGUGGUGGAGGUCUGUGGGAAACAUCCAGGAGAACCCAAAGUGUUCUGCAAAGAUGAUCAGAGAGCUCUGUGUUCUGUCUGUGACAUUUCUCAGCACCAGAGUCACACAGUGGUUCCUGUGGAAGUGGUGAUCAAGGAGCUGAAGGAGGAGCUGAAAUCAGACAAAAAGUAUCUGAUGGACAGGAAGAACCAAUGCAGACGAGUGGAGGAGACGCUCAAUCAGAUGAUUCAGCACUCCAAGAAGCAGCUGCUGUCCACCGAGAGACAGAUCAGAGCCCAGUUCAACAAGCUCCACCAGUUCCUGAAGGAGGAAGAGGAGUCCAGGGUGGCAGCUCUGAGGGAGGAAGAGGAGCAGAAGAGGAAGACCAUGAUGGGAGAGAUGAAGAGGAUCCAGGAGCAGAUGUCCUCUCUGUCAGAAAGUAUCAGUGCUGUUGAAGCAGAGCUGCAGAAAGACAAGGAGGCCUUCCUCAGCAGCUAUAAAGCCGCUCAGAGCAGAGCCAGAGUCCAGAGCUCGCUGCCAGAACCUCAGCCGCCCUCAGGAGCUCUGCUAGACGUGGCCAAACAUGUGGGCAACCUGUCCUUCAGAGUCUGGGAGAAGAUGAAGGAGAAGGUCCACUUCAGCCCGGUCCUGCUGGACCCAAACACCGCACACGGAAAGCUUUUUCUGUCCGCUGAUCUGACCGCUGUGAGAUUUGGGGAAACUCAUCAGCAGCUUCCAGACAAUCCAGAGAGAAACACCAGGUUUUACAACGUCUUCGGCUCCGGGGGUUUCAGCUCAGGAAGACACAGCUGGGACGUGGAGGUGGGAGACCACCCCCGCUGGAACAUCGGCGUGGCCAACGAGUCCUCUGAGGGGAAGGGAGACAGACAGGCAUCUCCACCAUAUGGAAUCUGGUGUUUAUUGUACGAUCACGGAAAAUUAGUGGCUGGAGAUGGAAGGAUCGUGAAACCUGACAAAACCCCCCAGAAAAUCCGAGUGGAGCUGGAUUAUGAGGGUGGCGAGGUGUCCUUCUAUGACCCUGACGACAUGACUCACAUCUACACUCUGCAGGACAUGUUCACCGACAAGCUCUUCCCAUACUUCUGUGUUUGUUCCUCUGAAGAUGCUGAAACCCCCGGAAAUAAGAUGUGUUUAAGGGAUUUCACAUCCCAAUCAUGA